UUAACAGGUUUCUACCAGGAGCCCAAUGAUCCAUAGAGGUCUCCUCCUCUCCAACACAUUAAAACCACUAAACACACUGAAUAAAGCAGUUCCACCUUAACAAUCACUGCUUCUCCCACGCUGUUGGACAGACAAAGGACGUCCCGGAGGGGCUGCGAGCCGAGCUGCUGCUAACGUUAGCUCAGCUUGUUUCUCUGAUAACUUAAGAUCCAGACGUCCGAUGACUAAAAUCCUUCAUCCGGUUCAAAUCUAGAGUUAAAAAGCACCAAGAUCUAAACAGUGGAUGGUAACAAUGUGGCUUCACACUGGAUCAACAGUCAAUGUAUGACAGCUUCUGGCAGACAACCACAACGCUGACGCAGGCACAAAGGGGAUAUGACGCCAUCGAGGUACGUUGAUGAAAACUUUGAUUGAUGAAUGAAACUUGAUAAUAAAGAAAAACUUCAUUUUAAGUCAAAAUUACGAGAUAAGUUGCAAUGAGACAAUUAGGAGAUAAUUAUUAUAAUUAUGACUUUGUGCACAUAAUGAAGGAAGAGUGUUUACUGGUUUUGGAGAGCAGUGGAGCUCUACAGAGGAAGAAGAUCUGAGGCUGUGUGUGUGUGUGUGUGUGUGUGUGUGUGUGUGUGUGUGUGUGUGUGUGUGUGUGUGUGUGUGUGUGUGUGUCUGUGUGUGUGUGUGUGUGUGUGUGUGUGUGUGUGUGUGUGUGUGUGUCUGCUGUGUGUGUGUGUGUGUGUGUGUGUGUGUGUGUGUCUGUGUGUGUCUGCUGUGUGUGUGUGUGUGUGUCUGUGUGUGUGUGUCUGUGUGUGUGUGUGUGUGUGUGUGUGUGUGUGUGUGUGUCUGCUGUGUGUGUGUGUGUGUGUGUGUGUGUCGGUCCGUCCUCUGGCUCCUCCCUCCUGUCGAUGUCACUCAGAGGCAGGACUCCCCAUCAGAGCUCACACUGUUUCACACCGAGCUCACCGAGGACCAAAACUUCUCUCUCUCUGUUUGAUGUUUGGGACUCUUCGGCGGAGACAUGAGACUGAAGAUCAGCUACUGACAUCACAGACAGACAGACAGACAGACAUGGACAAACAGAAAGUGCUGGCCAAGCUGAUCUGGGACCUGCAGUCCUUCCUGUCUGUUCUGGACUCAGAGAACUUGAGUUACAUCGCUCAGGCUCAGAAGAAAUCCAUCUCAGAGCUGCUGUCCAAACUGCAAACAAACGACACUCCUGUGGAAGAUGCUGAGUACAUGAUCAUGAGCUGUCCAUCACUGUCUCCUAGCAACGAGCAGAUAGACUCACCUGGGACAGAAGGUGUCCGGUCCUCUGAGCUGGUCUUAAAGCGGGACUCAUUGGUGUGGCUGAGGAACGGGGGCCCCAUAGUGCCGCCGCCCCUCCCUCCAGGAGGCCUCGGAGGUGAUGAUGAAGAUACGUACGAGGAGGCAGAACCUUACGUCGCUGACACAACCACAUCCAACACUGAGAAGGCGGAGUCCGACAGCAGUCACUACGAGUCGUACGGGGAUGAAGAUGAUGAUGAUGAUGAGCCGGUGAAGGACAGAGCUCACUACAUCCAGUGGAGCGCCUCCCAGCCCUGCCUGAGGCCCGUCCCCGAGUCCCGGCUCUGCGGCUACCUGUGGAGGAGGAAGUGGCUCGGACAGUGGACCAAACAGCUGUUCAUCAUCAGGAACGACGUGCUGCUGUGUUAUAAGUGCGCUCAGGACCUGCUGCCUCAGCUGGAGUUGAGCCUGCGCGGCUGUCAGCUCGUCUACAAGUCAAAGUGCAACAGGAAGAUCCAGCACCAGCUCAAACUGGUGCCACUGGGCUCCGAGACGCUGGUUCUGGGAUACGGCAGCUUCCAGCAGGCUGACGAGUGGAAGAAGGUCAUAGAGGAAGUGAGUGUUGGAGGUGAAAUGGAGACUCAGAGCUCGCUGUCUCUGAUCCGAUCAGACCAGCUGCUGUCCUGCAGGUCCAGUACAGUCCAGACUGACUCUGAGGAGGAGAAACCUUCAGCUCCCUGCAGCUUCAACAAAGACAAAGGUAACAAAGGUUUCCUGAGCGUGCUGAUGAACUGUCAGUGGCAGAGUCUGCUGUGUCAGGUGGAGGCCGGUCUGCUCAACAUGUUCGGAGAGGAGGAGCAUGAGGAGGAGGAGGAGGAGGAGGAGGAGGGCGGGGAGGUGAAGAGGGAGCGCUCACCUCAGUACACCGUCCAGCUCAGAGGAUGCGAGGUCAGAGCCGGACCCGACACCGACCACUCCUACAGGAUCACACUGAGCACGCUCGGUGACCAGGUGGCUGUACUGGAGGUGAGCAGUUCGGAUGAAAAGGAGCGAUGGUUGAAGCUGCUGCAGGACGGAGCCAAUCACAGUCACCAUGGCAACAACACUCAGGAGCACACAGGUGGAGCUCUCAGUGGGCUGCAGAUUCGAAAGUUUCCCACCUCCAACACCUACAUGGACGACCCCUUCCAUCUGAAUGUAACAGGCCGAGACCAGCCCAUCUACUCCAACACCUCCAUACUGGAGCACAUGUUCCAGGGCUCUCAGGAUUCAGUUCACUGCAGCUCGGUGUCGUCCAGAGACUCAAUGACCUACAGUAACACCAUCUUCACCACACACAACAGGAAGUCGGUGGAAGUGGAGCGUGGCGUUCAGAAGCUGGAGCUGACCGGGAAGAGGACGGUGCAGCUGAGGGCGGGGUCAGAGACCAACCUGGCGUCUGCUGGGAAGCAAAACAAACGCACCUUUAGACAGUCGCUGGCCGUCUGCACUGAGCGUGCUCAGGCGGGCUUCCUGAACCCUCUGCUGCGACGGACGGCCUCGGCUAAAAACACUCUGAGACGAGCUCCUUCGGCGCUGUUCAUCGAACAUGGAAAGGUUUUCCAGAAGAGGAAGGAGUGGGAAACCAAAGCUGCUGCUUGACACCGGCCGUCCAAUCAUCACCUCCCGUCUGCAGACUCCAGCGAGUUGUUGUUUCUAACUCCAGACACAAAGUUUAACACAUUCAGUGUGAAUAACAAAGAUUCAGCCUUUAUUCUCUUCAGGAAGCUUUAAAUUUACUAAACACUCGUGAUCUAAAACAAAAUGUACGAUUGUAAAUGAACCAACAUGUGAACAUAUCAGUAAAUGCAGACUUAAUGUUUCUUUAAAUGUUUCUUAUAUCUUUAAACCAGCUUCAAAAUGUGGUUGUCUUUUCAACAUGCAUUAGCUUAGCACCUAGCAUAUCUAAGUAGAGGGAAGGAGGAAGUUGACCGACGCCUGCUCAACUGUGAUUGGAGCAGAGAGCAAAAGGGGGCGGGGCUUAGGACAGGUUUAAAUUGUACUUUAGUACAGUAUUUGAGUAAAAGUACUUUUCACCACUGGUUUCUAACAGUAUCUGUUCUCUUGUUAUUAUAAAGAUAUCAUUGAUGGUUUAUGAUGGUCACUCAUUUGUAUCUUUUUUAUAAUUACUGUAUUUUAUAAUAAACUCAGGAGAAUGUUUCUUUGUUGAUGUUAAACUAAACACUGAUCUGUAAAAAGAUAAUAUUAAAAACUGAAUUUUA